UCUCGAAAAAACUGAAGGACAGCGAUGCUUACACCAUGAAGCAGUUGUUCUUGCUUAUCGAGUUGUCGCACAAGAUACCGCCGAAGUGCAUUGAACUCGAUCACAUUGCCGAUUGGCGCCGGGUUGUGGAUCGAUACGUCGACAAAAGCAUCGUCGGCGUGUCGAAAUCGCAUCUCUUCAAAUUCUUCAUGCGUGAUGGCAGUCCCGUCAUGGUGUACAAGAAGUACUGUACCGAUGAGGAAUGGAUGUCGGAAGGCAGACCAGUUCACUGGUUCCCGGUUGUCGAUUGGCAGUAUGCAGGCUCUACCUUCCCUCCACAGCCAUAUGUUAUUCCCCGUGUCGUUAAAGACGAUUUUCAGAUGGCUCGUGACAAUGUCCAAAAAUUUGUGGACGUCCUCAAACAACAUAGACACAUGUGGCAGACAUAUAGGAAGGAGGAGGUCGACAAGCGGGAGGAUGCUUUGUCCUACUGGAAAGCCAUCUUCGUCGAGGCGGACGACAUGAUCCAAAAGCAAAAGAAGAAGGAGACGGAAGAGGGUGAAGAAGAGGAUGUCCUAGGGCCGGACGAGCCGGGGAUCUACCCUCACACCUUCUGGCCACAAUCAGUCGAAACUGUGGAGGAAGUUCAAGAAGUCGACCCUCCUUCGCCAGAUGCUUCGCUUAUAUAUGUAGGACCGAGGGCGGGCCGUCCAAAAGUGGACUUCGACCCUCGGCGCCAUAUAAACCAAGGUGAUUUUCUGGUUGUUAGGCCACCUGAUGAGGAACUGUCUCAAGGUGUCCCGUUCUCGGUUGGCAGAGCACAGUCUGAGGUUGUGGACGACCGUUCCUCACCGCAUUUCGGUUGUUUACGUAUACAGUGGAUGGAUGACGACGACAUACCAUCGUGCGACGUUGUAUAUGAGACAACGUCCUACGAAACCUCGUCGUACGCGAGCGAGUAUUCCUUUUCGAUCGAGAAUGUGGACACGGAUCUUAUCAUCAUGAAUAAAUGCAUUUGGGCACAACAAACGCUUAGUCUUGACAGCGAUUAUCUGCAUAUCGAAGUUGGGGUCGGCCUCGACGGUUACAUUGCACCCGAAACACGUGUUGUUGAUGGACAAACUACAAUAGUUCGUGAUAGAGGAUCAAAUAUGUGGUACCUCUACUGGAUUUUAGAAGAAGUCAAACUUUUGGAAGUUCCAUCUAGUCAGGAGGAGAAGAUGGACGUCGAGGAUAAGGUAGAUGACAAGGAGUCGCUGCGCUUCGAACAAGAGUGGGGUUGUAUGAACGAGCAGCAUGCUAAACUUUGCGCAUGGUACUGCAUCGGGAAGCUGCAGUUGCGUUUUCCUGUGAUCAUAGACUACCAUGGCCGAGUUCGUCUGUUCAACCGUGGCACCCCUGUGCUGACUCUUUUCACGAUGGCCAAGCUUUGUGGUAAGCAAAUGAGAGUUUUCUUCAUGUGCGAGCCCUCGUCCGUCGGUGCUCUCGAGCGCGUCCGUGAAUGAUUCAAAAUAGAUCCUUCGCUCGCAAAAGAGUUGAAUCAAAGGGUUGACUGUUU